GCCGGAGUGCCGCCGAAGAGUAAGACGAUAACGAAUUUCAUAUUUUUAAAAUUAGCAUUUAGUGUUCAUUUUUGUCUAUGAAGUCUUGAGCUUUUGAACGGUAGAGCUAUUAAUUAAUUAAGCUGUUUGUCAGUGAUACUUAUCCGUGCACAUCCAAACUUUUCUAAAAAUGAGUAAAACUAUAGUUUAUGACACUUUGUCCAUUCCUGAUCCAUCAUUUAUUGAUGAUGAAGUCAGGAUGUUGGGUUCGUGGUACGGAAUGAGUAAUGUUUGUGUAUUUCCAACUAAAAUGUCUACGCCAUACAAUAAUCAAAACUCAUCUGGUGAUAAUAAAACUGAAACAAACAUUAUUCAUUUGAAACACAAAACAAUGCUAUUCGAUCCUAAAGUAAGACAACUAGUGAAUGAGUCUAGUGGACUGUUUCAAGAAUUACAAACCAAUGUGGACGAUCCAACCAAGUCAACUGAUGCCUUGUACUACAGUAGAAAAUACAGGGCAAUCUUGUCAACUUGUAUCUUAGCAAUUGAACGAAGCAAUUCUGACAAAUCCAAUGAGAUAUAUAACCAAUACAAAAUGUUGCUGCACAAUCUUCAACUCAUAUGGCAUCUGUGUGAAGUACUUUACCUAGUGACUGUUCCUGGUGAUACUAUUUUGAACAACCUAUUAGAUUGGAUUAAGAUUCAUUAUGAAAAUGCAGAAAACCAAGCAUCAGUGAUUACAGAGAAUAAAAUAGCUUAUUUAACUGAUGAAAAUGUAGAAGAAAAGUUUACUUUUUAUUGGGAUACGGUUAUUGGAUUAGUAUUACAAGGAAACAUUGACACGGCUAGAAUGUUAUUGUCCAACCAUUCUCAAAGUGAUACUGAACCAUUUAUUCAUGCAAUAAAAAUAUUAAAGUCUAUGCCUACUUAUAGUAUAUAUGGUGGUCUACCUGUAGCAGAAUAUACAUCAAGAUUCAAGGGCUGGCAAUCAAGUGCAAAAACCAAAUUAGAAUGCGGUGUGUUCUUAUCAGAUUCCAAUCUCAAUGACGUUAUGAAGAUUAUUUGCGGAGACCCAGAUGCUACGAGUUUGAUUCGCAGUCACUGUUCAACUUGGUUUCAAUUUCUUGUCGCUCAACUAAUAUAUACAGAUCCAACUGUAAAAAAACAUAGUUUAAGCUUGUAUGCUCAUCGAAGCGUUGCUAAAUAUUAUGAAGAAUCAGAGUAUAAUCACAUGGAUACACUUGCCUUAGAUUUAUUUGAUGGAGAUUUAGAAGCGUUUGUAAAGAAAUUGAAAUCUUAUCCUGAUUCUGGAUGGUCAUCUACUCAUUUGACUAAUUUGUUACAUCUGUGUGAUAAAAUUGAACCAGAGUUUAACAUGUCCGAAGAAGUGGAAAAUAAAAAUCCAAAUGAACAAUAUCUUCUUGAUUAUGGAGUAUUUCUCAUGACUCAUCAUUCAUUGUGGCAGGCUGGUGUCACUUACUUAGAUCACUGCUCAGCUGUGGGUAAAGGAUAUCUAUCAGUGUUAUUGUCAAAGUUAGAAAUAACAUCAGAUUUGAGAGUGUCAAAAAUUUUACAUUAUGCUACAGCCAGGCGCCUACACAAUGUUGUUUCUAGUGUUUGUAAAGUGAAAGGGAUGCUAUGCCUACAAAAAUCAAGAAUUGGCGAGGCUCUGUGUUGGGCAAUAAGAGGACAAGACAGUGCUUUUGCUACACAUUUAGGUGAUCUAUACUUGAAAAAUUAUGUUCAAUCUGGAUACUUUGCUAAUUCAGAUAUACUGGACAAUUUAGGAUCAAUUGUUGUCACCUGUGAUCGUUUCAUGUUUAUUGGAAAAUAUAUAGAAUUCCUUAAAAAACUCACUUCAGGCAAAGAAUUCAAUGAGGCUGCAUUAUUGUACAUAGAACUUUUAAGAUCUAAUAUUUGUCCAGAAUAUUUUAGACUAACAUUAUUGAUGGACGUUCGAUUGUUCGUUCGCGACAGUAAAGAGUGUUACUUUAAUAUCGCCGACAUAUCUCUCAUAACAAUGCGCUUGGAUGAUGUAAUUAUGGUAAGUAAUGAAGAGUGUGAAACUGCCGAUGAAUGUUUUUUAAACAAAGUGAAAGAUAUUCGGCAUGCUAUUGCUCAAUUACUAUCAAUCAGUUUAUUAAAAACAAAGAUUGUGUAACAAAAUACUUUUGUAUUAAGUUUUUUUAUGUAUGUAUAUAUUAUAUUUUUCAAU